AUGUAUGCUAGUGAACAGGAAUUACAGCCGUAUUCAUUUGCAGAUUCUCCGGAUAAAGUGCACGCGCAGGCAUAUGUAAUGGGAACUACUGUGUUGGCCUUAAAGUACAAGAAUGGAAUUAUGCUUGCAUCUGACACCCAGCUGUCAUACGGAUCACUUGCUAAGUACAAGAACAUUGAAAGAGUUGGGGUUGUCUCCAAGAACAUACUCCUGGGCACCUCUGGAGAGUACAGCAACUUCCAAGAGAUGAUUAAACGCCUCCGCAUCCAAAUUAACCCGCCCGGCGACAAAGAGGUUUUCCUAGGGCCCCGCGAGUGUUUUAAUAUGGUGAGAAACUACAUGUACGAAAAAAGAUGCAAGGGAAGGCCAGAGAUGAACACCCACAUCAUUGCGGGGAUAGAAGAAACCGCCCCUCCAACCCUGCUUCCCUAUGAAACUGACCCAUCAGGAAAGUUCUUAGGAGUUGUUGACCAUCUUGGCAACUUCUACUUUGAUAGUGUUGUUGGCACUGGAAUAGGAGCACAUCUAGCAAUCCCCAUCCUACGGGAUAGAGUAGGCACCAAUACAGAACUGCCAGAAGAAGAAGCACACAAAAUUCUCUGCGACGCCAUGGCGACCCUAUGCUACAGAGACUGUAGAGCCACCAAUAUGAUACAGAUUUCUAAGAUCACUAAGGAUAAAAUUACAAUAUCAAGGCCAUUUGCGCUUAAUACUUCCUGGGAUAUUGCCAAUAUGAUAUAA